AUGGGUCUUGGGACAGAGGGGUCAUCACUUAAAUUAAUUGUUUCCAACCGCUCAGAUACUGCCGUUGAGCCAUCUUGCAUGUGCUUGGGUGCUGUCAUUGGUUCUUGGAAAGGACAAGGCAAGGGUGCCUUGCCAUCUAGACUCUCGCGGCUGUCUGCUUGCAUAGCUUCUCCACCAUACUCGGGCUUUCCCGUAGGAUACGGUCAAGCCCCCAAUCCCGUCAUAAGCGAUAUACAGUGCGCCCAUUUGGCAGCGUAA